UCUGGAAGGAGCAGACCUUCGCAGGGUGCUCGUGAAGACGCCGGGCCCGGGCCGCAGCGGCUCGGUCGCGUUCGGAAACGAGUCGGUGACAGGUGCCGCUCCCGCAGCAGGGGCGUUACGUGGGGCCGCUGCCCUUUGCGCCCACUGCAGUUUCUGGGCGCUCUGAUCCCGAGUGCCAUGAAUACAGGGGCCCGUUUUUUGUAGGGCUCUCCUUAGCCCUUGCCCCACCACUUUCUCCACAGUCUUCCCCACAAGGGAGGUUGGAUGUAAGGCAACAGUUGUCCGAUAUAAGCUGAUCCAAGGCAGACCUCUGACGCCUCAUUGGGCCCGUCCACCUGGAGCAGAUCGGGUGGAUUUGUCCACAAAAUGAUCGGCCGGGUGAUCGUGACUUGCGCUGAUUGGUCCUUCUGGACCGUUUCCCCAAAGAAGGUUGUGAGUUACCUUAAACAGAGCGGCUGACUAGCGUUUGCAGAUGGAGCGAAGGUGGGGAAUAAUUUCUCUUCAGCACCCCUGUUGCCACGGAGUAAAUCUGAGCUUGUACCUGUGUCUGGUCACGCUUGUUAUCCUCCACUAGCGAAGAUGAUGUCUUGAAAGGAAGAAUCUGCAAGAUUGACAAGGAAUAAGAAGCCAGCAUGAGGAAGAUCACUUCGUUACGCAAUAAUUCCACAGAUCUUCUCCCACUGCAUGUUCACUGAAGAACCCCAGCCAUGGAGGACAAGCGCAACAUCCAGAUCAUUGAGUGGGAGCACCUGGACAAGAAGAAAUUUUAUGUUUUUGGGGUGUGCAUGACAAUGAUGAUCCGCAUCAGCGUGUACCCUUUCACACUCAUACGGACGCGGUUGCAGGUCCAGAGGGGGAAGAGUCUGUACAAUGGGACUUUUGAUGCUUUUGUCAAGAUCCUGCGGGCAGAAGGGGCGGCUGGGCUGUAUCGGGGCUUCCUGGUCAACACUUUCACCCUCAUCUCAGGGCAGUGCUACGUGACGACGUAUGAACUCACCCGCAAGUAUGUCUCGCAGUACAGCAAGAACAACACCAUCAAGUCCCUGGUGGCCGGUGGCUCGGCCUCCCUCGUUGCCCAGAGCAUCACCGUGCCAAUCGAUGUGGUCUCCCAGCACCUGAUGAUGCAGCGGCUGGGCGAAAGCAUGGGCCGCUUCCGAGUGCAGGCCCACGAAGGCAAACGGUUCCCCGUCUUUGGCCAGACUCGAGACAUCAUCACGCAGAUCUUCAAGGCUGAUGGGCUGAGGGGCUUCUACAGGGGCUACGUGGCCUCCCUACUUACGUACAUUCCCAACAGCGCUGCCUGGUGGCCCUUCUACCACUUUUAUGCAGAACAGCUUUCCAGCCUGACCCCCAAGGACUGCCCACACCUGCUGCUCCAAGCGAUAUCUGGGCCGAUGGCGGCUGCUACCGCUUCCACCCUCACCAACCCGAUGGACGUCAUCCGGGCACGUGUACAGGUGGGUGGCAAGAGCUCCAUCAUCCUGACCUUCAAGCAGCUGAUAGCCGAAGAGGGCCCGUGGGGCCUGACGAAAGGCCUUUCCGCCCGCAUCAUCUCGGCCACCCCCUCCACCAUUGUCAUUGUGGUCGGGUACGAGACCCUGAAGAAGCUGAGCUUGCGUCCAGAGCUGGUGGACUCCCGGCAUUGGUAGGGGAACGUGAGGAGAAUCUCUUGGACCAUUGGCAUGGUUGAAACAUCACCAAAAAGCAGGAGUGUUUUCUGACAAGGCAUUACUGGAGGAUACCCACAAACGAUUCUGCUUCCAAACAACCUUCCUGACCCAGUAUUAAUCUAGUCCCAUAGUGGGACUGCUGCGUAUUGCAAAAAAGGCCCUCCUGUAAGACUUCCUGUGAGUAAAAGCUGGCAUGUCUCCUAGUCCCCCUUUUAAUUUUUAUUUUUUUUAAAAAAAUGUUGGUUGAAGCAAAGUCAUUUUUUUUCUUCCCCCAAAUAGAAUUUGAUUUUUCUUAUUUUGCCAGAAUUCGUACAUUGGGAGAAUAACUUUUGCUCACCUUCUGCUGCUUGGAUGCGCCGCCAGGCACAGCCACACCCCCC